AUGAGGUUCUUCACCGCCACCGUGCUCGGGCUGCUUGCUCCCAGCUUGGCUGCCGCGGCCGAUUCAACCACACCAUUCCGCGUGGCUCUUCCAUCCGACUUUCAACCUGCGCAAGUCUUCAAGAACACAAAUGUGGUCCGCAACACCAACCUGGAAAAGGGUUAUGCACGAGAGACCGUCAAUGUAGUCGUUGAGAACAUUGGCAAGCAGCCCGAGAGCGACUAUUACGUUCCAUUCCCUGCAGAUCUGUUUGAGCGAGUCGGAGGGUUCGAGGUGCGCGAUAGAAAGGCGCCCAACAAGGGCCGCUUUGAGGUCGAUGUCACAGAGCCUGUCGCAUCCAGUGAAACCCAAUACUUCGUUGUCCACUUCCCCGAACCUUUGGCUCCGAAGUCCCAGCUGACCCUUGGAAUCUCCUACUCCCUAUUAUCCUCUUUGAGCCCGCUGCCGGCCACCAUUGACCAGAAUGACAAACAAUAUCUGACCUAUCGCUUCUCCGCCUACGUGCCCUCGGCCUAUCAGACAGUCACCCAGAAGACUAAGCUGAAGUUCCCCAGCACUGAUAUCCCCGACUACACCACCACCGAAGGUCUCAAGUCUGGUGCUGACCCGGAGCGGAAGGGGGCCACCUACACAUAUGGCCCUUAUGACACUGCCAAGGUGACUCCUGGUACAGAGUACCCGGUCACCGUGCGCUACGAGUACACUCACCCGGUGAUUACCGUGAAUCUGCUCGAGCGCGAUCUGGAAGUCUCACACUGGGGCGGCAACUUGGCCACAGAAGAACGUUACUGGUUGCGCAACAACGCUUCGCAGCUGACCAACCAAUUCUCGCGCGUGGAGUGGACCUUUGCCUCUUACCAAAAGGCUCCAACCUGCGCUGUGCGGGAGCUCAACUACCCUCUACUCCCCGGCUCCGUCGAUGCUUAUUUCGUUGACGAUAUUGGUAAUGUCUCGACCAGCCGCUAUCGCCCCGGUACCGCCAAGACCGGCGCCAACCUGGAGUUCAAGCCCCGGUACCCUAUUUUCGGAGGCUGGAAUUACAGCUUCAAGCUGGGCUGGAACAACAACCUUUCUGCCUUCCUUCGCAAGGCCACUGGGGUGACUCCUACGUCCUGA